GUCAUGCAGGCGGGAGAAACGCAGUUUGACAGUAGCACUACAAGCGGAUCCCGAGCUCUACAGUCGUUCGAGUUUGGACAAUCUAGUCAGUCCCUGUGAGCAACGUCCCCGAAACAGUAUGGCGUCAGAAGAGCUCGCAAAGAAGCUACAGUCACGACUGGCCGCGUCGGAGGAGCCCGAGCAGAGGCCGGAGCUGGAGGAGACCAUCGUCACGGACAAACAGCAGGAGACCGAGGCAGCUUGUGGCGACACUUCGUCCGAGCUGUCUGCUAAACUAAACCGACGGCUGGACAUUAACGAGGGCAACGCUCCCCCCCGGGCUAGCCGCGUCUUCAACCCCUACACGGAAUUCAAGGAGUUCUCCCGAAAGCAGAUUAAGGAGAUGGAGGUGAUGUUUAAACGGUAUGACACUGGUAAAGAUGGAUUUAUCGACCUAAUGGAGCUCAAGCUGAUGAUGGAGAAGCUUGGUGCUCCACAGACUCACCUGGGCCUUAAGAACAUGAUCAAAGAGGUGGAUGAGGACUUUGAUGGUAAACUGAGCUUUCGAGAGUUUUUGUUGAUCUUUCGAAGAGCAGCAGCGGGGGAGCUGCAAGAAGAGAGUGGUCUUAUGGCACUGGCCAGACUGUCUGAAAUCAACGUCUCCACAGAGGGAGUGAGUGGGGCCAAAGACUUUUUUGAAGCUAAGAUGCAGGCACUGUCUGUGGGCAGCAAGUUUGAGGCUGAGAUCCGCGAGGAGAAGGAAGAACGCAAGAAACAGGAAAUGGAAAAAAAAGAGAGGCGAGCCGCUUUCAAAGAGCUGCAGUCGGCUUUUUGCUCAUGACGCUGUACAGGAAGUGGAUGGCAAUCCUGAAAACGCACAUUAUGGUAGUCAGAUUUUCAAAGUACAUUUACAUUACUUAUAUUCUUAAAUGAUAAUGCUCAGAAUUUGGCACUUUAUCCCAAAGUUAGGUAAACACUCAGUAUUAUUAUGAUAAAUUGUGUUUAACAAUGAUAAAUUGUGUUUAAAUGCACUACAUCAAACAGGAAAACCAGUCGGGACCAGGAACCAGUCCAAAUGUGUGUGUCCACGUGCCAUUGCAUUACAUUUUCACCCUAAAGUCCAAAUAUUAAUUUUGUGGUGUAAUCUGUAAACCCUGUAUAGUAUAUGCUGUCGUGCAUCCCCUCAUUGGCUUCAAUGUACUCUUGAUUCGACCGAGUCUGUCAAGUUUGAUGUUCCAGGAUGGUUGUUUCACCCUCACUUUUUUGUUUAAAAUACCAUUCAAAUCUGUGUAUUUUAGAGAGACAUUUGGUGUGCGUGUUUGUGUGACUAAUAUAUUUCAUACAUAAUUGCAUGACAAUAUUGCCUCAUUGGGCUGGUAGAGGGAAAAAUUCAUGGAUAAAACCUCAAACAAAACUACCCUGGCCUGAGUCAUUAUUUGACAUAAAUCACUUUUUUGCCUAAAUCAUCUCAUGACACUGACCUCCUCUGCUCAAAGCGCCUACUACAUCAUGCCAUUCCACCCAUGACAUAAAAUUAUUGAUAUUUUCUAUAUUUGGUUCAGUGUUUUCUAAGAAAACUAAUAAAAAAUAAUGACUCAGGAGGUUAUUUUAAGAAGGUGACUAUAAAUGAAAAUAGCCUGAAGCAGCUGUGAAGAAUUAGUCCAAAUUAUACUGUUUGGCUAAUGUGAGAAGUAUUUUUGUUUUGUGCCUUCCAUACUGAUCUAAAGAUUCAGAUUAGCUUUCCUUAAAGGAGUAUGUGCCAUUUCUUUCUCACAGUGACAUAACAAGAGUGUCAAUGUCCUACCUGAGCAAACAAAAUGAAGCACAGAAAAUCUUGCCCUUAAAGGGGAAGUCAAGUUAAAAAUGUUAUUUACAAUACGAUCAAUGCGCCCCCAAAAGGACAGACUUGCAGUAUAACCUAGACUGAAGUCUGCUUCCCUGACUUUUCCCCCCCACUUAAAACACUUAUCAGUGCAUUUUUGUAUGCAGAGUGAACAUCACUGGCAGCAUCGACCAUUCAUGAUGCAAAUGAAUCUUUCAGUAGCAGUAAUGCUCAGAAUUUGGCACUUCAUAACAGUUACGUAAACACUCACAUCAUGAGUGCUGGCUGUUGU